AUGUCAGAACCCAUCGACAACAUCUCCCGAGAACUCAGUCCUGACUUACCUAUAAUGGAGCCGGAUCAAGAGCAUCCGUCCAUGCGACCCUCUUCACAGCCUUACAAAGCAAACUACAACCGCGCGGUCAAUGAAGGUCUAUUCUUGAUUUCCGAUAUAGAAGCGAAACUCCUUCUCCUCAACAAACCAUUCGUCAUUCCGGGAAAGCCAUCGUUCUCUCUUGCCGCUCCCCCAAAGUGCCCAGCAAUAGGAACGAAGCGACCAAUCGAGGACUUGGCGACAGGCGAAGGCUCUAAAAUUCUAUUGACCAACUCACAAGGUCCCACGCUGGACGACUGUGAGCCAUAUGGGGUUGCCUCGGGAUCCGCUCGCAAACAGAUGAGGACCGCCCAAUCAAUUCCGGAAUAA